UCUAAGCAAUAAGUAAACCAAUUGCCUUUGUUAACAAGAGCAAAUGUUCCUGUAUAUUAACCAUAGUUUACAAACUAACUCUAACCUUGGUUAAGGUUAUGUAAGGUCUGCACUUCCCCAUCUGUACCAAGUUUCCUAGUGACAGAGUGACCCUAGUGAGAAACCACGUAACCAACUUUAGUUUCCACAUACUCAAAUAACAAAUCAAAGGGGCUCAUUUGCAAAACCCGAGAAAUACACGGGGUUGUAUUUAAAUUUUUUGAUUACCUUGUCAUGUAUUCCUUUAGAAAUUCUAUGUGUUGCUUGACCUGUUGUUUUAUCAGCUUCUUUGGUGUCUUCAAGUACCACCUGAUUGCCAAAUAUAAUAAUAUAUUGAUUAAUAUAAAAAAAUCAGGAAAUCAGAUUCGAAACAGUGUGGGAUAUUACUUACUCCAUCAUUGUUUGAUUUUCUGGUUGUUGUUGCAGUGUAGUAUGCUCCAUUUAUACCACCAUAUGUAACUUUUUUAAACUAAUGCUUUGGGUCUUGGUCCUGUUGUGAUUCUUGUUGAUGCGCGUCUCCUUCUUCACUUUUUCUGUCAUAAUGUAAUUGGUUGGAUGGAAUGGAAUAGAAUGAACAUGGUAAUGGAAUGAGUCGUUGCUUAAAAAUUAGAAUGAAAGUUUGAGUGAUAAUACAUUGAUACCUUCAUCAUCAGGAUGUUCUAUAAGGGGAUCUUUGCUAGAUGUGGCAACUCUGUGGGGUUUGUCAUCCGUAACAACCCCAGAAUUACCGUUUUGCCCUUCUUCUCCUUCUCCUUCAUCAUCAGAAUCUAUCUCUUCAAUAACUAGCCCCUUGGAACUGUUUGCAUUUGAAUGUAGCAAAUCCUCAGAUGAACCAUGUGUAUCAAAGAUGUUAUUGUGUAUCCACCUAAAUAAUACAACAAUUUAACAGAAAUUCAUCAAUUAUUCUAUUUUUCUGAUGAAACAAUCUCAUAAAACAGCAAUUAAACGAACAGAAAACACUUCCAAAAAAAAUUCGUACCUGAUUUCAGUUCAAGAUAGAUCUGAAACAAUUGAAAAUGUGAUGAUUGGAGAAUCGAUGUAUGAAACGAACUAACGAAGGGUUUAAAUGUAAUUCAGUAGUUUGAAUUCCUCUUGUCGCCAGCUUCGGGUCUAGACUGUUCUCAACUUCUCAUGAGAAACACAAAAAUCAACUUUAUAUUUUCACUUACCACCCUCGAAUUCCUAAAAAGUAGUACCAAUCACCCAAACUUUGUAAAAUUCGCAAACGAGGGAGGUUUAUAAGAAAGGAUUUAUAUAGUUGUUUGGGGCUUGGGGCCUGCAUUCUGUGUGGGCCAUAUUGUGUCGAAGGGAUGACGAGUCCAGGCGAGGUUGCAGUUGCACGUGACCUAUAUUUCGGUUGGAAGAAAAUCAAUGCACGUGACCUUCAGGGGCGUGUUUUGGAGAGUUUUUGGGCGACGAAGGAGAGGGGUGUGAAGUUCAGUGAAGAGAAGAUCCAGUGAUUAAUCGAAUAGACGAAUACAUCGUGAAAUAAAGUCUGAUCUCAUAAGUGUGUUUCCUUGUUUAAAUAUAGGGUUCAUGUUGGAAUAUCUUGUUACUGUUGGAAUCGGAAUCUUGCUCGGGCUUACGUAAAUAUUCUUUUAAAUUGCAAAUGCUAAAGCUUUUUUCACGGUGGCGCCACGACUUCCAUAGCCACAACCGACCACAAAUCCUCCGUCACCUAACACAAUCUCAUUUUGAAGACGACCCACCUUUUUGCCCAAUCCUAAAACCCCAAAAUCAGAAGAACAAGAAACUCAAAGAAGACGCAUCAAAUAAGAAACCCCAAAACAAAUUCCCUAUAAAAUCAAAUCUACCCUUUGAUUUCAGGUACUCGUACUCUGAGACCAACCCUAGCCUCGAACCCAUUGGGUAUCGAGAAACCCCCAAAUUCUCUCCUUUUGGGCCGGGUCGACUUGACCGGAAAUGGACUGGAACAGUGGCUCCAUUGCAGCAGGCACCCGACAUGGCCAAGGUUGAAGAAGAGAGGAAUGCGAUUCUUGGGAAUCCGUUAUCAGAGGAAGAAGUAUCUGAACUCGUUGAAAGAUAUCGACACAAUGAUUGCUCUCGCCAAAUCAAUUUGGGAAAGGGUGGGGUUACACACAACAUGAUUGAUGACAUCCAAAACCAUUGGAAGAAAGCCGAAGCUGUGAGGAUCAAAUGCUUAGGAGUCCCGACUCUUGAUAUGGACAAUGUCUGCUUCCACCUCGAGGAAAAAUCGGGUGGGAAGAUCAUAUACAGACAGAUUAACAUCUUGCUGCUGUAUCGUGGACGAAAUUAUGAUCCCAAAAAUAGACCUGUUGUUCCUUUAAUGCUAUGGAAGCCACAUCCACCGAUUUAUCCAAAGCUCAUAAAGAAUGUUGCUGAUGGAUUGACAUUUGAAGAAACAAAAGAAUUGAGAAACCGAGGACUUAACUCUCCUCCACUAAUGAAACUAACAAGAAAUGGUGUGUAUGCUAAUGUGGUUGAAAAAGUGAGAGAGGCUUUUGAAGUUGAACAAGUAGUGAAGCUCUGUUGUGCACAUGUGGGUAUGAGUGACUCCAAAAGGAUCGCUGUGAAGCUAAGGGAUAUGGUCCCUUGUGUGCCUAUAUUGUAUAAAGAUGAACAGAUCAUUCUCUGGAGUGGGAAGAAAGCCACGGAAAAUACUUUGAAUGAUUUAUAAGUGGUAGUGAUUUCACCCUGGUUGACAUCAUGAUAAACCAUUAUAUCAAUUUAAAAAAGAAAGAUUAUAUACAUUCUAUGAAGGGCAAAUAGGUAAAAUAGUAGUGUCGUAAUACAUUGAGCCAUGUUUUUUUGGCUUAAUCCAUUAAGUCAUUUUGUUAAGACUAAGUUUUUAACCCAUUAAUUUCAUCAAGUCGAAGAAACAACCUCCUUAGACCUAAA